ACGCUCAUCUACACGCCUUCCCCCGGAUCUCAAAUCAACUCCGUCAAGUGGAACCACACCAACCUAGUGGUUGCUAGUGCUGGUGACGAUAAAAAGAUAUCACUUUAGAAUAAAAAUGGCCAAAGUAUGGGAUCCUUUCCUUCUCACGACAGCGACCUUGCUGAUGACAUUGAGGAAUCGAAGACCCAGCUUCUCAUUUGGUGUCAUGCUAAAAAUAUUCAUUCUUGCUAUGUUGGGUAUAACAAUUCAGCAAAAUGUAUACUACGUUGGACUCCAUCUCAUUUCUCCAACUGUUGCCAGUGCCUUGGGCAAUGUCAUUCCUGCUUUUACUUUCUUAUUGGCAAUUGUACUGAGGAUGGAAAAGCUCAACUUGAAGACUGUAAGAGGGAGGGCCAAGCUUGCAGGGGCCAUCUUCUGCAUCACUGGUGCCCUGAUCUUCACAUUUUGGAAAGGCUCUGCUCUUAUGCUAUUCGGCUAUUUUGCAUGCAGUGUAUCGCUUGUUCUUCAGGCAUCCAUCUGUGAGAUCUACCCAGCUAAACUCACCAUGAACGCCGUGAUGUGCUUCUUCGCAGCACUGCAAUCUUCUGCACUUUCCCUCAUCUUUGAAAGGAAUGCCUCGUCAUGGAGAAUGUUUCCGCUAUUUACUCAUCUUAUUUUGUGCAUUGUAUUUGUUUGGUGCCAAAGGCCAAAAAAGUUUUGCAAAAUGUUGGCCAUCUUCUUCCACUUCAUUCUACCACUUUUUCAUCUCCAACUCCUCAUUACUCUACUAUUUGAAGUUGCCAACCUCCUGUUAAAUCUGCCUUCUUUGGCCAAUGAUCUGUUACAAUGA